AUGGAAAGCCAGGUGCAGCAGGGGGUGGAAACAGCGGCUCGGCAGUGUAAUGGGCCUAAUUUGUUUCAUCGAGAAAUCGAAAUGCCACCAAAAACCUCGAAGCAACCGAAAAACUCUCAACAGUUAGCCUUAGCUGCGGAUAACUCUGCUAGCGACGUGGCUAAUCAAGAAGCGAGUGAUGAGGAUCUACCACUGAUAAAAUGGUUGCAUUACACCAGACCUGUGAGCAUCCAGGGUUUGGAUGUUGAGAUAGUGAAGGAGUACAAAUACCUGGGUGUUCAUCUCAAUAACAGACUGGACUGGUCUAGCAACUCGGAUGUUCUAUAUAGAAAGGAGACUAAGGAGACUGAGGUCCUUUGGAAGGAGGUGGGAGAAAGAAGGAUGAUAGCCAAGCUCUCAUCCAUCUUGGACAACACCGCACAUCCACUACACAAGUCUGUAGGGGUCCCAACAAGCUCCUUCAGCACCAGACUCCUCCACGCCCUGUGUAAGAAGGAGCGCUACCGCAGUCAGGAAGACAGAAGCUUUAGUGAGCAGUCAGAGGAUGAAUCCAUAAGGAUCUCCAGACGGCUACAGAAGGAGACUGGCAUGUUCAAGAAACUCAGAAAGCUCAUCAAGGGGCCUGAGCUAGCUCCUGCACCGACUCCGGACCCAGUUUCUACCCCAACACCAACUUCUUCUGCUGCACCAGCUCCUGCACCAGCUCCAGCACCUGCACCACCAGCUGAGCCAACAAAGGAUGAAAAACCUUCAGACAAAGAAAAUGAGGCCAAGAAAGAGAAAGAAACCCCCGGAACAGCUCCAACACCUGCACCAGAUGCUGAGCCAAAACCUGAGGAGAAACCCUUAAACCCUGCAACCCUUGACCAGCCCCAAACUGAAGGACAAGAGGAACAAGCGUCUGCACCAUGUCCAGUCGUAAUAAACACUUACUCCGACACACAACUUCGUACUAUAAUCAGGCGGAUGCGGGAACGAACAGAAGCAUUCAAGGAGAAAAUUAUAGACCCUCACGCAUCCUCACCAGAGAACAGCCCUCCAGUCACUCCUGUUAUGAGAAAAAAAGACUUCCUAAAAAAGCAGGAGGAGGAGAAAAAAAGAAAAGAAGAAGAGGAGAGGAUUAAAAAGGAGGAGGAGGAGGCUAAGAAAAAAGCUGCUAAACUCGAGGAGAAGAAAGAAGAAAAGAAGGAGGAGAAGAAAGAGGAGAAGAAGGAGGAGAAGAAAGAAGAACCUGAACCACCCAAAACAUUUCCUUUUUGUCCCAAAUUCAAAUGUACCUGCAUAGACAUUAUCCUGAAACCUGUUGAAGACAUAAUGGAUAAAGUUCUGGGCACAACUAUGGAUCCAUUCACAGAUCGGCGCUACAUCACUUGGCUCAGUCUGGUGACCAUUGCCUUUAACUACAACCUCUGGCUCAUACCAGUUCGUAUGGCCUUUCCCUGUCACACACCUUCAACAGUUCCACUGUGGUUUGCUGUAGACAUUGUAGCUGACCUUAUCUACAUCUUUGACAUGGUCAUUUUCCAGCCCAGGCUGCAGUUCUGCAAAGCUGGAGGCAUUAUUUAUGACAGAGCUGUGAUUAGAAAAAACUACAGGGAGUCCCAAAAAUUCCAGCAUGCCCUGCUAUCAGUCAUGCCACUGGACUUGUUGUAUAUUCCAUUUGGAUUUCAGUCGAUCUUCAGAAUCAAUCGCCUCAUUAGGUUCGGGGCAUUCUUUGAGUUCAGUGAUCGACUCGAGGGCAUCAUGACGAAGGCUUACAUAUGGAGAGUAAUCCGUACUAUUGGAUACCUGCUGUACGCCCUCCAUAUCAACUCCUGCAUUUACUACGUGGCAUCUGAUUACCAAGGAAUCGGCACAACUAAGUGGGUCUACAGUGGUGAAGGCAAUGCCUACCUGAGGUGUUUCUUCUACUCAGAGAAAUCCCUGCUGAUGAUCGCAGAACUACCUUUUCCAGACACCGUAUUCGGUCAAAUCUUUCAGAUGACCACCUACAUUUUUGGUGCAUUUUUUGUAUCCAUCUUUCUUGGCCAGAUGAGAGAUGUCAUUGGGGCAGCUACUGCCGGUCAGACAUACUUUCGUGCCUCUAUGGACGCAUGCGUGGCCUACAUGGUGACCAAUCGUAUCCCAAAGAUGGUACAACACAGAGUGCGUACAUGGUACAACUACACCUGGGAUUCACAAGGAAUGCUGGAUGAGUCAGAGUUGCUUGAGCAAAUGCCACUGGUGAUGAGAACAGCCAUCGCAGUCGACGUCAACCUCACCACUUUCCAGAAGAUUGAUCUGUUCAAGGGAUGUGAUAACCAGAUGCUUGUGGACAUGUUGCUGAGACUAAAGUCUAUAGUGUAUCUGCCCGGAGAUUUCGUCUGUAAGAAGGGUGACAUCGGGAAGGAAAUGUACAUCAUUAAAGCAGGGGCAGUGCAGGUCAUCGGUGGACCUGACAAUAAGAUUGUGUUUGUGACGCUGAAGGCCGGCUGUGUGUUCGGUGAGAUCAGUUUAUUACAGUCCUCAGCUAACGGAGGCAACAGAAGAACAGCCAACGUUGCAGCGCAUGGAUUUGCUAACCUCUUCGUGCUGGAUAAAAAAGACCUCAGUGAUAUUCUGGUUCAUUACCCAGAAUCCCAGAAAGUUCUGGCUAGGAAGGGAAAGAAACUCUUAAAAGCGAAGGGUCCUGCUGCAGCCAAGGCCGAGGAGGAAAAGAAGAAAGGAAUCGAGCUGUUCGGAGCCAAACCUCCCACUCCCAAAAUGCUUCGUGCUUUUGGAAGAUUCAACAAGAAAAACUUAAUGGACAAACUUAAGAACCCUGCAAAUGGGUAAUACCUGUGACAAAUGACCAGCGUUCCCUCCAGAUGAGACGACAACUAUAGUGUAGUAUACUACUGUACAGCGGUUGAGGUAUUGGACUAGCAAUCAGAAUGUUGCCGGUUCAAGCCCCCACCACCACCAAGUUUUCACUGUCAGCCACCUGAGCAAGGCCC